AUGAGGACCACACAGUUGUCUUUCGUUGUUCUUUCUGCGUCUUCUCUCGCUAAUGCCCUCGCUUAUCCACCUGGCAUUUACAAACGCGCGGCGCCUCCCGCAACUCUCCCUCACGGCUACACCUACAAGGGCUGCUAUGUCGAUGUCGGCCGAACAAUCUCUGAUGCCGCCACGGCAAACGGGCAGAUGAGUAACGAUGCCUGCACAACGUACUGCUACAACAAGGGUUUCUCCUACGCUGGUACCGAGUACUACAAUGAAUGCUACUGCGGCAAUGCCUUGGCCAAGGACGGUGUUCUCGCCAACGAGGCCGACUGCUCAACGCCAUGCAGCGGAAACGCUACUCAGCCUUGUGGAGGCCCCAACCGACUGUCGUUAUAUCAGACGUCCCUCAUUUUGGGCCCUUCAGUCAACCCCGGUGUUGGCGACUGGAGCAGCAUUGGAUGCUACUCAGAGGGAACCAAUGGCCGUGCUCUCACGUAUGGAAUCGGAAGCAUUCCUGGCGGCGAGAUGACCGUUGCCAAGUGCACUGCUGCUUGCGCUAAUGCCAACUUCAUCCUUGCUGGUGUCGAAUACUCUGGCGAAUGCUGUAAGUUAUUAUCGUGCUCUUGA